UUUUGCAUUUCGUUUAGGUGCUCAAAAAAUAUUUCUUUAUCAAACUACCUCGAAAAUUUAUAAAUUUGCCCAAAAAUGUCUGCUGGCAACGAGAACGGUGUCCGUCUGGACAAGUUCAAGAAUAAGGGAAAAGAUGCAAAUGUAAGUGACAUGUAUGGCAGUAUCAAUGUUUCAUUUCAAAUAUUUGGUAAUGGCUUGUUAGCUAAAUGAAUCUGGCUAGGCACAAUCAAUGAUGGUUGUUGAUCACUUUGCAGGAGCUUAGACGCAGGAGGGUUGAAGUGAACGUCGAACUUCGCAAGGCAAAGAAAGACGAUCAGAUCUUCAAACGAAGAAAUGUCAGCACUUUGGCCGACGAGGCAACUUCCCCACUUCAAGAGAAAAGCCAAAACUGUCAGGUGAGUUUGUUUAUACAAUGCACAAUAAAUACAAUGGCUACAACCUGUAUGUUUAAAACUUUCAGUUUUACAAUCCCUGGCUUAUGAUCAUGUGUUGUAUUAAUUUACAGGCCACUAGACAGUGGUCCGUGGAGGAGAUUCUCACUGGUGUGAACAGUAACAACCUUGAUGCUCAGCUCAACGCCACACAAGCUGCUAGGUAAAGUGAUCUUUGUAAAACUGUCUGGGAAAUACUGUAUUUAUUGUGGUGCUUUUUUGAGGGGGGGGGCUACCAUGGUCAUGACUUGUUACUUUUUCAAUUGUUCUCAUUACAGGAAGCUGCUAUCCCGUGAGAGACAUCCUCCCAUUGACCACAUCAUCAGUGCUGGGCUAAUUCCUAAGUUGGUUGCAUUCUUGGGUUUGGAGUCACCCCCUAUCCAGUUUGAGGCUGCCUGGGCUCUAACAAACAUUGCAUCUGGAACAUCUGACCAGACCAGUGCUGUUGUGGAGGGUGGAGCCAUUCCAGCCUUCAUCAGCCUUGUCAUAUCUCCCCACCCCCACAUCAGCGAGCAGGCUGUCUGGGCUUUGGGAAACAUUGCGGGUAAGGCAUUCCUCUUUUGUUACCGCAUCUCUUCAGUGUAUAGAGCUUAACAACAAAAUCUCCCACCCCCUAACCUUGCAUCCUUGAUUUCUUCUGUUAGGUGAUGGGUCGGUCUACAGAGAUCAGGUCAUCAAGCAUGGAGCUGUGGCCCCCCUGCUCAGUCUGCUCGCUGUCCCUGAGCUCUCUUUGUUCUCUGUAAGUAUUCUUAAUGCAGUGACCCUUGGCAACCAUUCAUAAGCAAUGGACAAUCACUUGACUUUCAUGUCAUAAAGCUACAAAACAAAGUAUUUGUCUUGUUUUUUUGUAACUCCUUGCCCCCAUGUUACUUGCCUCACUGGCCACUAGGAGGGGCUCUAACUCAAUGAAUGAACACCUAAGUAAAACGUAUUUUUUGCUGCAGUCUGGCUACCUGAGGAACAUCACCUGGACGUUGUCAAACCUGUGCCGCAACAAGAACCCGUCUCCCCCUCUGGUAGCCGUGCAGCAGAUCCUGCCCACUCUGGGGCGUCUGCUGCACCAUGACGAUAAGGAGGUGCUGGCAGACACCUGCUGGGCAUUGUCCUAUCUGACCGACGGGCCCAACGAUCGCAUUGAGGUCGUGGUGCAGACUGGCCUGAUCUCCCGCCUGGUGCAGCUGCUUGGCUCUGGGGAGCUCUCUGUUGUGGUAUGAACACUGUCUAUUUAUCCUGCAGGGGUGGUGGGCUGUCAUGUACAAUGAUGUAGUCACCCAUAUAUUUAUGAAUCUCAACAUCUUUAUGGUACUAUGCCUUUUUUCACCCAAGUGACCACUGUCUUUGACCUGUCCCCUUCAGACUCCUUCUCUGCGUGCCAUUGGCAACAUGGUGACUGGCACGGAUGAGCAGACUCAGGCUGUGCUGAAUGCUGGGGCCCUCUCCAUGUUCCCUGGCCUGCUGCGCCAUCACAAGAGUAACAUCCAGAAGGAAGCCUCCUGGACCCUGUCCAAUAUCACUGCAGGGAGAGACUCUCAGAUCCAGGAUGUCAUCAACGCUGGCCUGGUCCCUCUCAUGGUAGACGUCCUACGCAAGGUAUGUAGGUUUGUUAUCCAUAGUAAUAUCUUAUGAUAGGAUUUGUAUUAAUUAAUUUUUCAUAAUUAGGAAUGAUGGGAUGUUUUCUUCAAUUUAGUCCUCUCAUCCGCUUUUCCAUACAGGGUGACUACAAGACUCAGAAAGAGGCAGUUUGGGCCAUAACCAAUUUUACCAGCGGGGGCACAGUUGAACAGGUUGUGUACCUUGUUCAAGCCAAUGUGCUGGAGCCUCUGUUGAAUCUGCUCUCAACAAAGGACAGCAAAACCAUCCUUGUCAUCUUGGAUGCCAUCACCAACAUUUUCCUGGUAAGGGGACCUUCUCACCAAUAAUUAGUUAAUCUUAUUACUGGUAUGGGCAUUUGUACACUACAACUGCAAGAUUCGGGUGAUUAAAAAAAAAAUAUAUAUAUAUAAUUCUUACUUGAAUAUUUUUGUGUCCAUCAGGCUGGAGAUAAGAUUGGUGAAGCAGACAAGCUGUGCAUGAUGAUCGAGGAAUGCGGUGGACUAGACAAGAUUGAAGCUCUGCAGUCCCAUGAGAAUGAGCUGGUCUACAAGGCCUCCCUCAACCUGAUUGAGAAAUAUUUCUCUGGCGAGGUGAGCAUCAUUGUGCAAUGUUGACGAAGUAGACAUCUGUCAUCCUAUUAUAGACGGUUUUUGUUUCUUUUGCCUCAAUUUUUCUGACGUGUUCUGUUUUGUAGGAAGAGGAAGACCAAUGUGUUGCUCCGGAAUCGACAACCGAUGGCUAUGCAUUCCAGAUCAGUGAAAACCAAAGCACUUUCAACUUCUAAAUACCACUUCUCCUUUCAUCUCUACUGUAUACUGCCACUGUUUGUUCUCAGUUUGUGUAAUGGACCUCUAUUCUCUCUGAACUGUACAUACGUUGAUAAAUGUCUGUAAAUAAAAAUCUUAAAAUAAGUUCCAACUGCUGUGAUUUCUUGUGGGGUUUGGGUGGAAUGGCAAAUGUAAUAUUAAUCUUAAUAGCUUCCAUCCUCUUGUUUCUCAAACAGAACUGUAUGUAAAGAUAUACACAUUUAGUUUUUGCCAGUAUAUGGACUGUCAGAGCCAAAUUUCACAUUAAUAUUUUUAGCAUUACACUGACCCUAGCAAUCUGAAAUUUCACUUUUGUCUGAAU